AUGCGUACCUGUUCUCGUACUGACAGCCACUCAGUCCCCAUGCAGCAAUACCCCAACGCGCCCCAAGGGCAGCCCCAACCGCCCAUGUACGCCCAGGACGCGCCGGCGCCUGGCAUGCCGCCGCAGCAAAUGCCCGGAACGCAAUACCAAAACGCGGUUCCGCUCAAUAGCCUCCAGCGCAGCCCCGCGCCGGCAGACUGCCCUGCGUGCGGACAGCGGGCCCUCACCAACGUGUCGUUUGUGGCGGGCAACACGACACACGCGUGGGCACUGGGUCUCUGCUGCCUGUGCUGCCUGGGAUGCAUUCCCUAUGUCAUGAGCUCGACAAAGGACGUCGAACACAAGUGCGGGCGGUGUGGCGUGCUGCUUGCGACAUAUCAUCGCAGCGGAUCGACCGAGGUGCAUAUGCACAGCUAG